AUGUAUAAAUACACGUAUAUCAUAAUGUUACAACAGAGCACCGAGGAAUUUCCUCGAAAAUAUUUGUCAGUAGGCUGCAAAAUGCGAGGAUUUCAAUGUAUCGUACUUUUUGCUUUACUUUACACAGUUUCUGUUGACGCUGCUUUCGGCAGCUGUCAUGGUGAUGAUGGCAAUUGUCCCGAUAAUGCCGAAUGUAAUGGUGACGGUGAUGGUAACGGUGGCUAUGAUGAUGAUAACGGUAACGGUGAUACAUCGGAAUGCGAGUGUAAAGAGGGCUUUGAUGAGAUCGAUUUGCCGGGUAUUACAAUAGAUGGCCAAGCAGCGACAGUUUGUAUAGAUCUAGGCAUCUGCAGUCCAUUUGACAACGAAGUAGAUGACUGCGGAGAAAAUGGACAAUGUGCCAUUAUCCAGGAUAAACAUGGAAUAUAUAAAGCUGUCUGUAAAUGCAAGUAUGGAUAUUACGGCAAAUUCUGUGACGAAGUAAUCAAAACUACUUCAACACCAUAUUCAACGACUGGCACGACCAAGAAGCCUAAACCGUGGAUCCUUCUUGGAGGAGGAGCAAUUCUGCUUGCUGUUCUCCUCGGAGGAGCUGCAGUCGCGGCGUCCUCAUCUGGCUAAUUAUCCUCAAGGUCCUCAAGAUCCUCAACAAAUGAUUCUGAUUAUGUCACUGACUGGAAAUUAUUUUGAAUAAAU